CCUGAGGAGGAAAAGCAGAGUUGAGAACAGCCUGGGGUCACAAGCGUAGCUUGGGGGCAGGCCCGCAAGCAGUCCCCCAGCUCCUCAGCUCCGAGCGGAGGCAUCCACACCCACAGGCUGCACACUAAAAAUGGCCGGCUAUGCCACUACUCCUAACCCCGUGCAGACCCUUCAGGAGGAAGCGGUAUGUGCCAUCUGCCUGGAAUACUUCAAGGAUCCCGUAUCCAUAGGCUGCGGGCACAACUUCUGCCGAGGGUGUGUGACCCAGCUGUGGGGCAAGGAUGAUGAGGAAAACAGGGAAGUGGAGAUAGAUGAAUGGGAGGAGGACGAGGACGACGACGUGGAGGGGGCCAUCGGUGGAUGGGACACCUCCAUUCGAGAGGUUUUGUACCAGGGCAAUGCCGAUGAGGAGGUGUUCCAGGACCAAGAUUAUGAACUCUGGGUUGGUGACGGCGGCGUCAGGGACAACAUGGACUAUGUGUGGGCCCAGGAGGAAGAGGAGGAGGAGGACCGGGACUAUUACCUGGGAGGCUUGAGGCAUGACCUGAGAAUUGACGUCUACCCAGAAGAGGAGAUACUGGAAGAAUACGACGAGGACGACCAAGAGCUGCAUCCUGACACCAAACUGCAUCCUCCGGCCCCUCCACGUCAGUUCACCUGCCCCCAGUGCCGAAAGAGCUUUACCCGUCGCAACUUUCGUCCCAACCUGCAGCUAGCCAACAUGGUCCAGAUAAUUCGCCAGAUGUGCCCCACUCCUUAUCGAGGAAGCUGGGGGAAUGAUCAAGGUAUCUGCUCCAAACACCAGGAAGCCCUGAAGCUCUUCUGCGAGGUGGACAAAGAGGCCAUCUGUGUGGUGUGCCGAGAAUCCAGGAGCCACAAACAGCACAGCGUGGUGCCGCUGGAGGAGGUGGUGCAGUAUAAGCUGCCGCCAAUAAAAUCACUUCUCGUUCUCCACGAGGGACCAGAUGCUUCCAUCAUCAGUACUCCUUUUUGUUUUCUCCUUUGAGGUAGCUAAAGAUGGCAGCCAAAAAUUUUUUUGAGGCUUUUAUGAAGUAUAUAUUCACAUUAUGAUGCAGAAGAUAGGGUCAACUUCUUCAGUUGAGUUACCUGAAAAUGUUGGCCAGUGACACCAUGCCAAACACUGUUAAAUUUAUGCUAUAAAAAUAUUGGAGUAUUCUGCAAAGCACAAUUCUCUGAAGCUUUAAGAUUGGACAGUAUUGGAUUAUUAACAGCAAUCUUCAAAGGCUAUGAAAGCACAAUAUUAAAUAGCCCUUUUAAUUGCAAAGGAGAAAAAAAAUGGAGAAACUUUUGAAGCCCUGCAUUCCAAGUGCUGCCGCAACUUUAAGAGGAAAUUGAGGAAUUCCAGACUUUCAUCUACUUCCUGCAGUCUUAACUCUGGAUUGAUGACUGAGUAUAUCAAACUUCAAGUUUUAAAAACUUCAGCUCAUCUUUCUUUGCUUAGUUGAGAAGAAUCUACUGAUAAAAAUGUGCUUUGCUUAUGUUUAAAAUAGGCUUUAAAAACUGUGAGUAUGCUGGUUUCACAAGCCUAAUACUUGACCACUAAAGACAGUAUUUUUGAAGCUGUACAAAAUGAACUGAGAUGGAAGAAAGUUUUAAUAUUACAAGGGUAUACAUUACAGUAGUGUUUUAGAUCUGGGUUUUUGGCAAAACUGAAGAAAACUGUGUUUAAGAUGUACUAUAACAAUCAACACCAAGCAUCAACUUCCAUCAGCUGGCCCAUAAUCUACUGGAAAUCUUCACCUUGCUGUCAGUGUAACCUUUGUGAAAAACAGUAGAUUUGAUCCCAGUUUGCCUUGAUUUUUGAAGAUCUGUUGAGAAUCCUGUUGAAGAGUAUUUUCUGUUACAUACUGAGGUUCCUUGGUUGUCAAAGAACUGUAUUCAGCUGAAUUUGUGGACAGAAUGAUUUUGGAACACCAAUGCAAAACAACAUGUCUGAUUUUGGAAUACCACCUAAAGAGAAUCUGUACUUUUAAAAUUUCAAAAAUUAAAACUUUCAGCAGAAUUUAAUGCACUGAAGCCUAAAAUACACUGACAGUGAAAUGUCAGAAGGCGAGCACCAACAAUCCCCACUUGUUUUGAAAUACCUGAAGCAAAACUUACCAAAAACCCAGCUACACAUAGCAAACUCGUACUAAAAAUGUCUAAUUUGCUUUGCCAUUUGAAGGACUAGAUUCAUGUUAUUUCAAGAAAAAAGCAUGAAAUGUCCAGAACUAUUUUGGGUGAUUGUUCUUGACGUUUUUCUUAAAACCUACCUGUGGUAACUUUUGGAAAGAAUGUUUUCACUGAUAUUUGGUCCUCACUGACAGCACUUCAGGAGGAGUAUGUGGAAAUCAAAGACUGAUUGUUUUGACUAGAAACUUCCAGAUAAAUACUCUAGAGAAACGGAGAUGUAAAAUGUCUAAACAGAUUAAAAGAAUUUAUUCCAUUUUCUCUUUACAUCUUAAAAGCUUUCUGGGGGGGAGGGGGUA